CAUUGCUCAAGGUAGUCAAUCAUCAUUACCCCUGACUAUCCCAAAGAAUUGAAGCCAUCAUCUUCCCUGCUGAUGGCACCCUCUUGAAUUACUUCGGAGGGGUGAGCCAGGGUGUUUCAAUUGCAUGCUCUGUAUUUUUGGAUUCUGGAUCCAAGUGAUGGACCAUGUUUCAUCCUGAGUUACGAUCCGGUAGAUAAAAUUAGUUCAUUCUCGUAUCGAGACAAAGCAUAAUUAUCUUGAAAUGUCAAGCCUGGUCCAUUUCUGACAGUCAACUGUCUUGGGACCUAUCUAGCGGAACCUUUGACAUGCCAUAGAUAUCAAUCAGAAUUGCCUGAACGGAACCAAAGCUUAUAACCACUUCCAUAGCAAUGCUUCGCAGGUCUCGCCUUCUGUCGCACAUGACCAGAUCGUGUACAGCUAUGACAGUUUCAUCGUUGGUGGCCUCUUUUGGUCGCCCAGACCACUCAUCAUCUCACAUGCUCUCCCUGCCCCUCUUAAAUCCAGCAGCCCAUUUUGUCCACAGUGCUAUAGGAAGGGGACUCCUUCCCAAGUGUAUCCAUGAAGUCUCCAUGGAUUUCCUUGGGGGACAUCCCUUUCUUGCAGAGGUACUUAAUGACGACUCUGAUUUUGACUUUCUCCAUUUGGUCUGUAUGACAUACCCCUCUACUGAUCAAAUUGUGUUUUAUGUUACUUAAUCUGUGUAAACCCGCGUGUAACUCGGUCAGUAAGCUUCAAUAAGAUAUCGCUAUCAAGGUAUCGAGUGUAAAUGUCAGUGUAGUGGCUAGAAUUAUUUCGAGCACGUUUUGAUCUUACCUCGUAUGUUCUGUUAUAUUGUAUAAUCUGUUCUGGAAACAUACGCACGCACGGACGCACGCAUGCAUGCGCACGCACACACAUACACUCACGAUAUUGUCGAUAUUAGGACAAAUGUACAUAUACAUUAUACUACAUUAUAUUACACAUGUUGUAUAUAUUAAUAUAUUUAAUUAAAUACAUUCAUUCCAAAUAAAUUAUUGAUUUAAUAAAUGUUAAUAAAUUAAAUUCAGAAGCUAUAAAUGGCCUCCGUAUAGUCACAGGGUGACAUUGUAAGAAUUUGCGGCAACAUGGAUUUUAACUUUAGGUUUUUACUUUUGACUUACAUACCAGUUAUAAUUGUUGCAUCUAUUGUGGCGAUGCAAGACAUAACCAUGAAUAAGAAAGUACUAGAGAAUGUAGAGGUAUCACGAAGGUCUGACAAGACAUCUGCCGCACUAGGAUCGAUGGCAUCACGUGCAAUAAACUUGCCGACAAAUAGCCUAAGAACUGAGCAACAACAGACCAGAGAGAAAAGGAAAACAUGCCCAUGGGGCUUGGCAGAUUCCAAAGAGCACGGAUUAUGCGUUGAUAUGAAAAGAUCUUCCUGUCCACCCGGCUCGAAACCUUCUCCUGAACAUCCUUGGUUAUGCAUUAGUUCACUUGGCAUGACUGCCAAAAGAUCUAUUUGUCCGCCUGGAUAUAAAGUGGUAUUAAACAAAUGUUUACGACUUCCUGCAAUGAGAAGAGGUGCUAAUUUCAUAUCCAAAAUUGAACGUUAGCAUUAUAAUACCCGAUAUUGUCACGGUUAAAAUAUACAAUUACUAGUAGUUUUAUCAUGGCUUUAAUUCUAUAAACAGUUUUGCUUUUCGUUGCGAUUUCGUGUUUUACAUAUUCUUUCGUGAAUUGUCCAUGUCCAGUUCAUGCAUUACAUGGUGUGAUACAUUUUUCUUC